AUGCAGUCCCAUCUGCUAACUCUUCUCUUUCUCCUUACCCAAGGAGCUUCUUCUCUUCCUCGAAAAGCUACUGAAAAGGGAGUCCCUGCUCCUCCAAGCCCUGAACCUAUCAAGCUUCAGACCCUGCCUCUUCCACCUGCCAUAGCGGAUGACGCUGGCCCGGGAGACUGCAACUCGACCGUCAAUCCGAAGGGAACAGGCUGCACCGGGAAGACACUACAUCUCGGCUCCGGCAGCUUCUUGCCUGACGGAAAACACGUUCUCGUUCAAGUCACUUUUGUCGGCGCCCCUGCGGCACCUGACAAGGCCAGCAUCUAUACUGGAACUCAACUCAUCGCCGUCAAGACCGACGGAACCAAAUUUCCCAACGGGGAUCCUUGGAAAUGUCUGAGUUGUGGCGUCUACCGAGAGAAGACGGAGGAGCUUGAAUACCCUCAGGCAUUCCGUGAUGGGAAACGCGCACUUGGCGGCUCCUCCAUUCUCGACUGCGGGAAAUAUGAUCUAGUUGAUUCCCGUUGCACACCCCAAGUCGCAAAGUGGUAUUCUAUUCGCUGGAACACAAAUACCGACGGUUCAGGUCCUGGUGGUGACAUCAGAGAGCUUCGUCUUCACCCUGAUAACGUGCAUUUGGGCUUCAAUUCUUUCACGCAAGUCAACGGCAAGCUUGGACAGAAUGCCUACUUCUCCAAGCUCACCUUCAAUCCGUCUCCCAAAACUGGCCUUCCACUCGGUCCCCGGUAUGACCUCCUCAAUGUCACUCUACUCUUCGACCCAAAUGACCCGCAGCCGGUCGAGGUUAAAGGCGAUGAGUUGGUCAUAAACCCCGGGGCUAUUACAGUGGGAGAGCUCAGGGGCUUCACUGGCGAUGGAAAAGAGGUGACCUACGUGGGCUAUCCCGCCGAGUCAUCAAACAUUGACGCCUUUGCUGUUGACCUGACCACUGGAGCAGUCCGUCGACUAACCAGCCACCCUGAAUAUGUCGACCCUCUGGACUUUUCUCCCGAUAGUCAAUGGUUUGUCGUGAUGGAUACCCGCGGCACUGACCGACAGAUGUGGCUCUCUGCUAUGCGUCACAUCCCCCCAGUUACAGACUUGGUCAGCACGUCAGUAACAUCUGCCACACGCAAUAACGGCCGAAGACGAUUCUUUCGACCAUAUUUACUCGACAAGUACGGCGAUCGAGAAAACUACUACGGACAGAGGCUCAACGACCAAGGAUCCGGGGUGGCUGGCAGUGGUGAUUACAACGACCCUGAAUGGAAUGCCAGAGCUGAUCCUCGAUGGUCUCCUGAUGGCACCCAAGUAGUCUGGUGGGAUGAGAUUACACUUUCCCCGGCGUGCGGAGGUCAGAAUCCUCGCCUGUGCUAUCCGUCAAAGGAGCCUGGGGGCAGAGCUCAGCGUGUUGUUGUAGCAACCCUCACAAGCCGCAAGCCGCACGCGCCCGUCAAGGUUAAGACGGCAUCGGAUACCGUACCUUGGGGGAUUCGGUAUACUCCCGGCAGCACAGGCGUGGCUCGUCCUCAGCCUCCAGCCGGCAACUACACCCUCCAAGGAAAGCACAGCGGAUACGCCAAGAUCCAGCUCCAGGAUAAUUCUUCUGGAUCUCUCAGUAGUGUUAGCGUGGAAUACGUCAAGUUUUCUGACGAUGGAAAGUUUGUGCUUAACGGCACAGAGAGCGUCAAGGCUACUACAGGGUCAGCGACAUUGACCUUGGUCGACUGGCGAUCGGAUCUCGUCCAGACAGUCGGCGGAGUUGUGAACACAAAGAAGACUAGCCCCGGUGGAUUUCAGCUGUCGAUUGAUGUGCUGACCAACAUCUUUAAUGCGAAUGGGACGUUGACGACAACGGUGGAUGGCAAGACUUAUCACCAGCCUGCAAAUGGUACUUAG